UUUCCCCCCAGAACAUCGUUCCUUGUCGUAAAAGAAAGCGUUUGUUUGCGUUGCAAGCAAACGACAAGGGUCAUCUGAAUCUGCGGUUUUUUCUUCGAGACAAGAUCGAGAUGUAUCAAGGGAAGAACAUGAACUCUUCGUCGAGAAUGCCUGUUACUGCUCCAGAGAGGCAUCUGUUUCUUCAUCCGGGGAACGGCCCGGGAGAUCCAGGACUCGUCCUCUCCACCGACGCCAAACCAAGGUUGAAAUGGACGCCUGAUCUUCACGAGAGAUUCGUCGAAGCCGUCCAUCAGCUCGGAGGAGCAGACAAGGCGACGCCAAAGACUGUUAUGAAGCUCAUGGGGAUUCCGGGUCUCACCUUGUACCACCUCAAGAGUCAUCUUCAGAAGUACAGGCUCAGCAAGAACAUCCAUGGACAAGCAAACAAUGGUGUGCAUAGAAUCAGUGUCGUUGCCAUGAGUGGAGAUAAGAGGCCUGAAUCAGCUGGAACAAACAUGGCAAACUUAAACAUUGGAACACAAAUGAACAAAAAUUCGCCCAUCGGGGAAGCGAUCCAGAUGCAGAUCGAGGUUCAGAGACGAUUGCACGAGCAACUCGAGGUGCAGAGGCAUCUGCAGAUGCAGAUGGAGGCUCAAGGGAAGUAUCUACAAGCCGUUCUCGAGAAAGCGCAGGAAAUGCUCGGGAGACAGAACUUGGGCUCGGUGGGGCUCGAGGCAGCGAAAAUUCAGCUCUCGGAACUCGUAUCAAAGGUAUCGAACGAGUGCCUACGAUCAAGGCUCUCGGGAAUGAAAGAACUUCACGGUUUCUGCCCGCAGCAACGGAUCAGGCAAGCGGCAAGACCCGCUGAUUGCUCGUUAGAGAGCUGCUUAACGACGUGUGAAGCGUCUCAGAUGGAAGAACAGCUCGGACUCAGCACUUACUCGGGCAGUUCCUUGAUCUUCAAGUCUAAAGACAUCGUCGAGGAGCCGUUGCUAAGGCAGACCGAGCUGAAUUGGUCGGGAGAGCUCAAAGAAAACCGCAGAUUAACGGGUAAAGAGUCUGGGAGAAGAACGUUUUCUGGCGGAAGAAGCUCGGUUAACGACCUAUCAAUCGGCGUAGGACCAACAAACGACGCCGAUUACGCAUACGGAGCGACGGAAAACGAGGCGUCGGGCUCUGCAGGUCGGGUAAGCGGAGAAAGAGGCUCGAACGAGUAUAACCUUUCGUACUUUGCGACGAAACUCGACCUGAACACCGGAGGCGAGACUGAUUCCGCCAUGAAAGGCUGCAAGCAACUGGACCUGAACGGUUUCGGCGGAAGCUAAAGAAUGUCUGGUCGAAGAAUCAGAUUCGUCAGAUCGAAUAAGUAAAACAUUGGCUGUGUAGAUUGAAUCUUUUGUAUUACUUUGCUCACAUUUGAUUCAGUUUACAGACAAUUCAAUGCAUUCUGCAGA